AUGGUUUGCACCCAUUUGGCUUUUGUUACUGAAUCAAUUGCAGUAUCUUCCCUAUCUCCAGAGCGUUCAUUUGGUCUACAAUUAAAUAUAACAAUCCGAAUGAUUUACAGAAUCCACAAUGUUUUCCAGUGUUAUACUUUGCCAGUUGAUGACAAUUGGGAAGAUAUAGUACAUGAUUCUUUGCGAAGAAGGAAACAUGUGAUUGCUGCAUGCUGUCUUAGAUAUUACUCUCUACCAGAUUCUUUUGACCAGGAAAUAGAAAUAGUAAUUAAUGGAUAUCUUUUGGAUUUGAGUACAUUACG